CAGCGCGGCAUCUUCUCCAAGGCAUCACCCGAUCCCCUCCCUGGAGCAUCUCCCGGUAUCGGGGUGUGCCGCGUGGUGACGCAGCUCCCGGGGCCAGUCCUGCAGGUGGCACAGGACUCUCAAUGGGUGCUGAUGGCAACGGUGACGAUGCAGUUGGCUGGGCUGAUGCUGGCUGUGCUGGGCUGGCUCGGCUCCAUCCUCACUUGCGCACUGCCCAUGUGGAAGGUGACGGCUUUCAUCGGCUCCAACAUCGUGGUGGCCCAGGUCUUCUGGGAAGGGCUGUGGAUGAACUGCGUGUAUGAAAGCACGGGGCAGUUGCAGUGCAAGGGCUACGAUUCCCUCCUGGAGCUCACCUCCGACCUGCAAGCGGCUCGCGCCUUGGUGGUCACCUCCAUAUUCGUGGCCUUCUUUGCCUUCCUCACCUCCAUCUCGGGAGCGGACUGCACCCGCUGCGUGGAUGACAAGAACACCAAGACCAAGAUCUCUGUGGUGGCAGGUGCCACCUUUGUCCUGGCCAGCAUCCUGCUCCUCAUCCCUAUCUCCUGGUCUGCCAACAGCAUUGUCAGCAACUUCUAUAACCCCAUGGUGCCUGAGGCCCUCAAGAGGGAGUUGGGAGCUGCCCUCUACAUUGGCUGGGCUUCCAGUGCCCUGCAGCUCUUUGGUGGGGGCAUCCUGUGCUGUGCAGGACCCCCAUCCCAGCAGGACCCCUACCAGAAGAAGUACAGAGCCGUGAAAACCUGCACCCCGAUGGGCUAUGCCAUGAAAGACUAUGUGUGAGCCACCGCACCUGGGUACCUGCCCAAGGGACAGCACCACCAUCCCCAUCCUGCAUAGACACCCCAGCCCCUGCCCAUGCGCUGCCUCCUCCUACCCAUCCCCAUGCUGCUGCACCCCCAGCACAGUCCUUCCCAUGGAUGCCCUUCCCUGGCUUGCAGGGGCUGUGCUUUCCAAGGGCAAUAAACAUCUU